CUUACACACAUGGGCAUCACACACAUGGGCAUCCAAUCCCGUGAUUAUUAAUCCUCCACCUACAGAAAAUAAAGAAGGAUAAGGGAAUCUGGAAUUUGGAAUCAAAGACUACAUCAACCCCGACAGCCACAGCAUAUCAUGCGGAACGUUGAGGUGUCCGAAGACGAAGAGUUGGGCGAGCUGGAAGAUAAGACUGAAAUCCUUACCCUUCGCUCGAAACGUACGGAGAGGGCUCGAAAAAAACAGGCGAAGAGAGUCAAAAGACCCAGUUGCAAUUCACCAGAUCUCUUGAGCUUGCCUUAUGAGCUUGUAUUAGAUAUAUUGGCUCUACUUCGUCCAAGCGAUGUUUUUAACUUGCAACGAGUUAAUCGAACCUUCCACCAGUUCAUUGUCCAGGAGGAACACCGGAUUUCAAGAGCUAUCACUAGUUGGCGUUAUGUCUGCCUCAGUAAAUGCUUUAGGUUGCCCGUACUUAUGGAUGAUAUUGAUCCCAGUUUUCACGCGGUUAUUCAAAUUCCCGAGAGACAGAAGUCCGUCAUCAUCCACAAGAAUCCUUACCAGCACAUCCAAUCUCCGAAUCCUGCGGAAAUAUGUACCUGUCUAACAUGCUUAUUACGAUGGACGGCGCUCUGCGUAAUUGUAGACUUCGCUCACUGGCAGCGAAAUCUGGAUAACGGGGAGCCUAUUCCCAUGAUCCAACGAGGCAAGCAUCCGACAUGGAAUCAAAGUCUAGUAGAGUCCAACGUGGCUGUCGUGCGCAAAGCCCUGCGUAGUCCACUAUGGCACGCACGGCUUUUGGAAGCCCAUUUAGACUCGACGGUGAGGUCCAUAAGUCGUCACGCUGCGAAUAAGGGCAAUAAGAGGCGGCGUUUCCGCAUGUCGAAAGAAGACGUGGAAUCGGGUUCAGACUUGUUCUUAGAGAAGAGUGGACCGCCAAGCUUCGACUUUCCAUUCCACAGAGACAACUAUUACAUGCUGGAGGCUUACCUCCCGAACAGGGGGUGGAGUGCGGAAAAUAAUAGGUGGAUGUAUGUGCCGGCCGAGCAACACGAUAUAGAUUUUCAAUUUAUCGUUAACUGGGUGAAAAGGCAACAAAAAACGGCUUCGGGGCAGGGAAACUAGAUGGUAUGAGAAGGGGAAAGCCGGAAAUAAUAUCGUCUCAAUUGUUUCUACCGGUUUCUUCUCAAUUUAAAGCCUGUUAAUAACUUAGGAGGACUAUCAAAUGCAACGCCGUAGACCCCAUUUAUCCCUAGAUACGCCUCGGAGUACUAAAUACAGUCGCACCAUUCAGCCUUCGAGA